AUGGCGAUCGGUCAACUGGACAGUAUCCUGAGACGCGAUGACAAAUUCCUGAAGGAGAUGUGGACUUGGUUCGGUGUUGGAGCUCUCGUCAUAUUGUUGCGGUUUUUCGUGAGAAUUCGCAUGGUUGGCCCCAGAGGUCUCAAGGGAGACGACUACACAAUGCUUGUUACCGAUAUGGCACGAACGUGGAUCUCACCGCUGCCCAAAUCAGCACUCUUUCCGACCAAGAAGUGGCACGACUUGUUCAAGGUUCCAAGUUCCAACAAGUAG